GCAUUGUCCCUUAAAAGUUACUUUGUGAACAGGCUAGUUAAAUAUUAUAGGAUCCGUGACCACUGUUGCUAUCAUUGCUGUCACAGAAUCACUACAUUUGCAGACCUGUGUUGUUCCUUCCUCAGACGGGAACGACAACAACGAGUAGUUUCUGGUGUUUUGGCCAACCGUUUCACCCCCUACAGCCUUCCCAGUCCGACCUGACCAAGAGUCCUAGCACGACGGCUGUUGUUUCGCAGAAAUAGCUGGCCCGCUCCAGGGCUUAGGCCUCGGUGAUGGGCCGCCUACGCGUAAGCGCCCGUGUAGGCAGGGAAGGUCGUGGAAGGAGCUCCGCUCGGGAAAGGUCCCGCUCGUCUUCGCCAUCUCGUUGGUCUCAGACGCCAAACGCUCUUAUCUCAAGGCUACGACCCUACACCUUCCGAGUAUUGGGAUGUAUAGCGUUUCUCGGCCUGCUUUAUGUUGCUUGGCCGCGUGCCAGCUACAAAGCAUCUAAUCGGGCGCGCGCGGUAGAGUUUAGAUCACCGCAAGCUUGGUCCAACGGCGUAGACGUAGAUGAUGCAGCUACUCGUCGGAAAGCUGUGGCUGGGAAUAGCGCCGUGACCACCGGUCCCAACCUCGCCGUCAAAGUGACUACCAACUUGCGCGACUUAGCCGAACAGGGCAUCAACGCCAUCCUGAAUGGCCGCACAUCGCCCACUAGAGAACAGCUUGGGGAGCUCCUAACCACCGUCCCACCUAAGCACCAGACGAUGCGCUUCCAAGUCUGCAACGGCUUCGCCAACCAGCGACUGUCAGUUGUGUACGGCGUCCUCCUCGCGCAUCGAUUGGGCCGCACCCCCGUGCUCCCGGUGCUGAUGCGCGAUGGCAUCCAGCGAACCGACGCUACUGUCACAGCCCAAGGUGCUAACAAGGUCGACUUCUCAGAGGUGUACGACUUGACAUACUUUUUGUACGAGAUGGCGAAGGCCGGCAUCCGCAUUCUCGAGCCUCAUGAGGCCCCCAUGCACAGCGCCUACAUGGAUGUGUCGCUGGGCACACUGGGCGCCAACGUCACCGGCGCCCUCAACGCCUCGUACGGCCAUGUACGACACCUGUCAGUGGACUGCCCGCUGUUCAAGAUGACGCCGCAGGAGAUGAACCAGCACGAGGACGAGCCCGUCAUCUGGGCGGCUCUGGACGCCAUGCGGCCCGCGGAUAAGCUGUACGAGUACGUGGAGCGCAUGCAGCACGCCAUCAAGCAGCUGGGCGGGGUGGGCGGCAAGCCGGCGCCCAAGUACAACUUCCUGCACCUGCGCAUGGAGAACGACUGGGUGGAGCACUGCAAGCGCUGGUCCUCCAUCCCCGACGGCGUGGUCCGCGACAACUGCUACAACAACACGGAGGAGAUGGACGUGCAGCUGCGGCUGUUCGCCUUCAGCACCGACGUGCCGCUGUACGUGGCGUCCUACUGGGACGAUGUGGACCCGGACAGGGCCAAGGCGGUGAUGGGUCGGCUGGUGGACGCGGGCUACCGGGUGAUCACCAGCGCGGAGGUGUUCCCGGACGCCAUGCGGAGCGAGGGGCGGGAGAUGCGGGCACUGGUGGAGUACCACGUGGGCUUCGGGGCCAACAGGUUCAUCGGCAACAGCGUGUCCACCUUUGCUGCCCUGGCGCUGCUGGAGCGGCGGCACCGCGGGCAGUGGGCGGCCUACUACAACGGCGGCAACCUGCCCAUCGCGCCCUACCUGCCAGUGCACAAGCUGCCCUGGGUGUUCACGUACAACAGCUGGAGCGGCAAGUACGACUACAUGCUCAAGGCGGCCGUACGCUCCGCUGCCCACUUUAACACGCUGAAGCCGUACUGCAUCUUUGACGGCAACACCUCCUCGCCCAUCGGCCGCUGGCUGGUGGACAACAAGGUGACCAUGAUCCGCCACGUGCCCACUUGGCGCCAGGAGCUGCUGCAGAAGGCGCAGGCGCGCAUGAAGGAGAACCUGCAGCACUCGCACCUGUACAAGAACCCCGACGCGCUGGUGUCCACCUUCCAGCGGGUGGACCUGCCGGUGGUGCCCAUCCUGGACCAGUACACCUACGUGCUGUACACGGACGCGGACGUGUACUUCCGGAGGGCCAUCCACCUGGACGACUUUGGCCUGCCGCUGCCCCGCUCCGUGUCCAUGUCGUACGAGUUCUACAAGAUGUUUCCGUACAACGCGGGCAUCAUCAUGGCCAACCUGCCCACCAUGCGCCGCAACUACAAGAAGUUCCUGGCCAUGAUGCUGGACAACGACAACGGACUGUACUACCCCAACUACGGCCCCGCGGACCAGGGCAUCAUCAACAAGUUCUACGAGCACGACCUGCGCAGUCAGAUGCUCAACCAGGCCUUCAACACCAAGCCCUACAACGACUUUGACCCGCUCUCCUACCUCAUCCACUACCACGGCCCCAAGCCGCACGAGUACCUGUCCUACCUGGACACCGGCGUGUGCGACUUUUACAACGUCUGCGAGCAGGGCUUUCUAAAGUCCCUGUGCCAGUAUGCUCGCGAGUGGGCGGUGUACAUUCCGGAGGAGAUGGUGGCCACUCGGCUGGCCGACUCGUGCACCUGGCUCACCAACCCAACCAUCAUGUCCGUAUUCCAGAAGAAGACGGGGCUGGUGCAGCCGGGCCAGGUGGUCCCCGACGACAAGAAGCAGGAGUUCACGCAGAAGACGCACCACCGCCGGCUGCGAUUGUAGGGUUGCCGUAACAGCGGUGCUUGUGGUAGGGAGAGGUGGAGGAGGUGGUGGUGGAAGGAGUGCUGCCGCUAGGCAUGGAUGGUGGUUUGGAGCGCUACUGCUACUGCUGGUUUUAGUUUGGCAACGCUUCAGCUGCUUGUGUGGUCUGCGGAUCUGUGGCUCCUGAGGAAGAGGAGGGGAUUGCUGUAGAAGGCGGCACAUGCCGGCAUGUUGGUACCUCCCGUUAUCAUUGAAAGCAGAAAGCGAAAAAACGGCAGAGAAUGCAUUCAGGAGGAAUAAGGUUUCCUGCAUGUUGGUUUAUUGUGGACGUUUUCAUGGUUAUGGUGGGGCGGCGAAGCCGAUGGUAUGCGCUUUUGUGUAUGUGUUUUUGUGUGCGGUUAGGAUACUUUAGCGCGGUUGCGGCUGUGUCGGAAACGAAGUUAGGCAUAGCGUCUUAUGUGCACGUUACUGUUGGCAGCUUGAGCUUCAUGUUGGCAUUCUUUGCAGCCUGUGUUCCCUCCCUGCAGCAGUUUACAUAGUUUUCAGACACCACCACAACCUGUUACAAUGUCCGGAGAGGGUGGGAAUGAGUUUUUUAGGCAUGGUGCGGCAUGUUCGGAAUUGGUGGUUGUGACUGUGAUUCAAGUUUACUCGACAGGCAAUGCUAGGUGGGGUCCAUGCACGCUUCAUCGGGAACCGGGAUGUUAGCUAGGAGGACUUUUUGCCAAGCCGCGGUAUACGGCAUACGAGAAUUCAUGGCGCGCAAACCUUGCGUGAUUUGCUGGAGCGGCGUGAGGCUUAUGCGAACGGUGGGUUAUGCAUUUCGUGUGAUGGUGGGCGGUUGUGGGGCCCUGUGCUUUGCAGCCUGAGGCUCUGUUGUGGAACUGUCUGCCGUGUUCUGCGCAGGACAAGCGCAUGCAGUGUAGUCCCUUACGCUACAGUGCUAGUUAAGGCGUUUACUGCUAAGCUGUCGUGCAUGCCGGUAUGCGUGCAUUAUGUCAUUCGGAGGGCCGUGCUGGCUUUUGUACGCUUUUCGUUAUCAAUCAUAUGUGUUGUUCAUGCACCAUUGGAGAGGCGGAUCCCAAUGGAUAGGCUUGGAAUGCGCUUUACCCGGCCUGCGCUGCUUCAAAUGUAACCAUCCCAGUUCUA